CAGAUUAGGUUACAUCUGAAUCUCCUGGAGGCCACUCCUUAAACACGUCAGUGCUCCGUUUUAAAGCGGAGAGUCGAGGAUCAAGGACUGUCAGAAAACAGAAUGAAACCUACAAUGAACCAGCCAGAAACCAAACGUGUCUUGGCAAUAUUUGUGGCUGCCUUCAGUAUUCUAUGUGUAGCAACAUGCCCAGAGAACCAUUUCCAAGUUCAUGAAACGCUGUGCUGCCUUAACUGCCAAGAAGGUGAUUAUGUUGCCCGCAACUGCUCUGAAGCACACGGACUCCACACUGGUGUGCUGUGUAAUCCAUGCCGCAGAUGUGAAAAAAAUGGAGAGAUAACUGUUUCCAAUUGCACGCAGUUCUCAGACACACAGUGUUCCAGUCGUAUACACAGAAAAGUGCAACAGAUAACCUUGUAUGGUUGCUCGUCUGUGAUAGCUGCUGUUGUCAUGCUGGCUGUGAUCGUGGCAGCCUGCUACUUUUGCAGAAUCAGUAAAUCUGCUGAAUCUGAUGGAAGCUCUGCAGGAGAACCAUUCCAUAUUUCCAUAUAAAAGAUGCAGAGAGUCUGAAGAAAAUCUUAACUCAGGAAAAAGGCCAGCAUCAAAUACUGUAUAUUAUCAUUCAAAGGUUAAUUAAAACAGCAAGAAAUACUGCAGUAUUCAGAAUAAACAAUAUUUGUAAUAUUUUAAAAUAUUUAAAAUAUGUUUUUAUUUUAUUUUAUUUUGUGUGUGUGUGGGGGGGGGGGGGGUACACUAUUUUAAGGACCAAUUCUAACUAACUAUUCAAGUCAAAUCACCUUUAUUUAUAUAGUGCUUUAUACAAUGCAGAUUGUGUCAAAGUAGCUUUACAGUUAAACAGGAAAAUAGUGUAAUGCAAACAAGAUUCAAUACUGCUAUAAAGCAGCUCUAAAAAGAGUAGUAAACUAGUAACUAAUGUUUUGUUUUGUUUUUUUUUUGCCUCAAUGUACUCCUAAUUUGCUGCUAGUUAGUAAGGUAGUUGUUAAGUUUUUGUAUAGGGUCGAAUUAAGGGAUCUAAAAUAUGGACAUGCAGAAUAAUACGUUAAUAUGUGCUUUAAGUAGUAAUAAAUAUUUGAUAUGCAUGCUAAUAAACAACUAGUUAAUAGUGAGAAUUGGUCCUUAAAAAAAAAAAAAUAAAUAAAUAUAUAUAUAUAUAUAGGUGUGUGAACAUCUGUUUAUAUUGAUGUCAUAUUUAGAAAUGUAUCUAUAUUCAAACAUACCUGCUUCUGCUGCAUGAUGUUGGUUAUUUUUAUUUGAUAUUAUUUUUUAAGAAGAAAAGAAAAAAAUUGGAAUGUAUCUAUAGUAUCUAUAGUAUUUUUGUAUCAGAUAUUUGUACUUUAACAAACUUAUAUUAUUUUCUGCAAGCAGAAAAACAAACACAGACCUAUCACUCUAAAUGUAAAUAUUAUUUGCACCAAUUGGAUGUUAGGAAUUGCACCUUGUAUUAAUUAUGUUGUCACGAAAUUGCUAAAUGUUUUACCAAACUGUCUUAUGUUUGAUUUGAACUUUAAAUACAAGUGACUGUGAAUCUAUAAUGAUUUAGCCCAAUACCUUAUGAACAAAAUUUGUUCUGAUGCAGUGUCAUGUUUGUGACUAGAAUACCUUAUUUAAAUUGCCUUUUAAAUGUUGAUGACUGAAUUUGAUGACUGCCAAGACAAACAUAAAGUUUUCUAUUUUAAGUCAG